AUGCUGGAAGGCGGCCGCCCGCCGGUGAAGGAAGGCGUGCUGGAGAAGCGCAGCGACGGCUUGCUGCAGCUCUGGAAGAAGAAGCGCUGCAUCCUCACCGAGGAGGGGCUGCUGCUCGUGCCGCCCAAGCCGCCCGCGCACGAGCCGCCGGGCGCGGAGGCGGCGGCGGCGGCCAAGACCAAGGAGCUGCCCUUCUCCACCAUGAAGACGGUGGACUGCGUGGAGCGCAAGGGCAAGUACGUCUACUUCACGGUGGUGAUGGCCGAGGGCAAGGAGAUCGACUUUCGGUGCGCGCAGGAGCAGGGCUGGAACGCCCAGAUCACGCUGCAGCUGGUGCGCUACAAGAACCGCCAGGCCGUCCUGGCCGUCCGCUCCACCCGCCACAAGCAGCAGCACCUCCUCGCCCAGCAGCAGCACGCCGCCCCCCGCCUCCGCAGCGCCUCCAACUCCGCCUAG